AUGGAGCCGCCGGAGAAUACUGGCGGUUUAAACCCCGAUGGCUCGACGUUGGAGACGGCGGAGAGGAUAAUACUUCGAUGGGACUCGGCGGCGUCUGGGGAAACGAGAGGGAAGAUGAUUUUCCAGAGCGAUCGUGAUGAGGUGGAUCGAUUCCUGCGAGCCGUCGAUGAAAUCCAACGGACCUUGUCUUCUCUCUCCUUCUCUUCUCCCUCCUCCUCCUCCGCCUCCGCCGCUUCUGCUGCAGUCGACGACCACGAAGUCAAAGCCAACUCAGCUAUCCAAAUCGCCAUGGCUAGGCUCGAAGAAGAGUUCCGAAGCAUUCUUCUCUCCCAUACAUCUGUUUUCGAGCCUGAUUCUCUUUUCCUCGAGGAAUCAGUCUCCUCUCACUCCUCACGCACCGAGAUUGCAGAAGACAGCAGCGUAACUGCCGGCACCUACAAGAAGCUUAUUACAUAUGAUAAGGACUUGAGGAAGAGGUAUACAGUUUCACGACUUGGGCCGAGGACUCACGAUACUGAAAUUUUGGUGAAAGUUUUGCGCUUUUGGCUAAACGAUCACCCAACUUCUGCUAAAAGAUUAGAGCUCAUACUAUCUGAUGAAGAGGGAGAGAAGAUUCAAGCAACUGUGCAUGUUUCCGUUUAUGAGGCUUAUGAUUGCAAGGUCAACGAGGGAGAUUGGAUUGUCAUUAAGAAUUUCGAUGUCACUACUCAGACAGGACAUUGUAGAGCUACUUGCAUCUAA